GCGCGUCACGGCCCGGGCGGGCGGAGAGCAGCGGCGGAAGAUGGCGGGCGCUGCCGGGCCGAGCUGAGCAGCGCUCGGGGCCGCCGCCUCCCUCUGUGUCAGGCUCCGGCUGGGCCCGGGCAGCCGCCGCAGGGGCCGAGUGAGCCCGGCCGUGGGACAUUCACGUGCACCUGAAUUUCAUCUACACGUGCUCAGAGCUGCUGUCAUCUUAACUGAGGUGUUAUCUGGCAUUAUUUGAGCAAGGCAUUUCUGUAUGUGGGUCAUCUGAUGGCUGCAUUGCUGUAGGUGAGCUCAGGUAAGCUUUGUUAUCAAGAAGCAUUUGAAAUAGUGUGUGAAGAUGGCGAGUCUGAUGAGUCAGAGUCUGUUGACCUACGUAGAAGAAGGAAAUGUUCCUGCUCUGAAAGCGCUUCUGGAGAAGUGCAGGGAUGUUGAUGAGAGAAAUGAGAAUGGCCAGACUCCACUGAUGUUGGCUGCUGAGCAAGGCAAUUUAGAAAUUGUCCAGGAGCUUCUCAAGAAGGGAGCUAACUGCAACCUGGAGGAUGCAGACAACUGGACAGCUCUUAUUUCAGCAGCUAAAGAAGGGCAUGCAGCUAUUGUAGCAGAGCUACUGAAUCAUAAUGUCAAUUUGGAGCAUCGAGAUUUGGGAGGAUGGACUGCCCUGAUGUGGGCAUCAUACAAAGGCCGUACUGAAGUGGCUAAACUGCUGCUUGAGAAAGGAGCAAAUCCAAACAUCACAGGCAUGCAAUACAGUGUUUAUCCAAUUAUUUGGGCAGCAGGACGGGGCCACGCAGAUAUAGUCCACCUCUUACUGCAGCACGGAGCUAAAGUGAACUGCUCUGACAAAUAUGGAACCACCCCACUGGUUUGGGCAGCAAGGAAAGGUCAUUUGGAGUGUGUGAAAUACCUGCUGCAGAUGGGAGCUGAUGUUGAUCAAGAAGGAGCUAAUUCUAUGACUGCACUUAUUGUAGCAGUGAAGGGUGGCUAUACUGACUCAGUAAAAGAAAUACUGAAAAGGAAUCCAAAUGUAAACCUCACAGAUAAAGAUGGAAAUACAGCUUUGAUGAUUGCGUCAAAGGAGGGACAUACUGAAAUUGUGCAGGAUCUUCUUGAUGCUGGAACUUACGUGAACAUUCCUGACAGAAGUGGAGAUACAGUGUUGAUUGGAGCUGUUAGAGGUGGUCAUGUUGAAAUUGUGAGGGCCCUGCUCCAUAAAUAUGCUGAUAUAGAUAUCAGAGGUCAGGAUAAUAAAACUGCUUUAUAUUGGGCAGUUGAGAAAGGAAAUGCUACAAUGGUGAGGGAUAUCCUGCAAUGCAACCCUGAUACUGAAACAUGUACCAAGGAUGGAGAAACGCCGCUUAUAAAGGCAACCAAGAUGAGAAAUAUUGAAAUAGUAGAGCUUCUUCUGGAUAAAGGAGCUAAGGUCUCUGCUGUAGACAAGAAAGGAGAUACUCCACUUCACAUUGCUAUUCGUGGAAGAAGCCGAAAACUUGCUGAAUUACUCUUAAGAAAUCCAAAAGAUGGCCGAUUGCUUUAUAGGCCCAACAAGACAGGAGAAACCCCUUACAAUAUUGACUGUAGCCACCAGAAGAGUAUUUUAACACAGAUAUUUGGUGCCAGACACUUGUCUCCCACGGAGUCUGACGGUGACAUGCUGGGCUAUGAUCUGUACAGCAGUGCUUUGGCUGAUAUUCUGAGCGAACCAACCAUGCAGCCACCCAUCUGUGUAGGCUUGUAUGCACAGUGGGGAAGUGGAAAAUCUUUCCUGCUUAAGAAACUGGAAGAUGAAAUGAAGACUUUUGCAGGACAGCAGAUUGAACCUCUGUUUCAGUUCUCCUGGCUUAUUGUAUUCCUCACACUUUUGCUGUGUGGAGGUUUGGGUUUGUUGCUUGCUUUCACAGUGGACGCAAAGCUUGGAAUAGCAGUGUCACUCAGCUUAUUAGCUGUUCUCUACAUUUUCUUUACUGUAAUUUACUUUGGUGGCCGGAGAGAAGGGGAGAGAUGGAACUGGGCCUGGGUGUUAAGUACAAGGUUGGCAAGACAUGUUGGAUAUUUAGAGUUGCUUCUCAAACUCAUGUUUGUGAACCCACCAGAACUACCAGAGCAAACCACUAAAGCUUUACCUGUCAGAUUUUUGUUUACAGACUACAAUAGACUGUCCAGUGUAGGUGGAGAGACUUCCCUGGCUGAGAUGAUUGCUACCCUCUCUGAUGCAUGUGAAAGGGAAUUUGGUUUCCUAGCAACAAGGCUAUUUCGAGUUUUCAAGACAGAAGAUACACAAGGUAAAAAGAAAUGGAAGAAAACUUGCUGCCUCCCAUCCUUUGUGAUUUUCCUGUUCAUCUUGUCUUGUGUUGUUUCUGCGAUUGCCCUCUUGGCAAUUUUUAAUGUGGAGUCAGCCAACAUGACAGUGAAUGUUAUUCUCAUAACAGUGACCUGUAUUGUUGGUUUGGCCUUUUUCUUGAAUUGCCGCACUUGGUGGCAGGUGAUGGAUUCAGUUUUGAAUUCUCAGAGAAAACGCCUUCACAGCGCUGCCUCCAAACUUCACAAGUUGAAAAGCGAGGGGUUCAUGAAGGUUUUGAAAUGUGAAGUGGAACUGAUGGCCAAAAUGGCAAAAACCAUUGACAGCUUCACUCAGAAUCAGACAAGGCUUGUUGUAAUUAUUGAUGGAUUGGAUGCUUGUGAACAGGACAAGGUUUUACAGAUGCUUGAUACUGUGCGAGUCUUGUUUUCAAAGGGCCCGUUCAUUGCAAUUUUUGCAAGUGAUCCACACAUUAUUAUAAAGGCAAUUAACCAGAAUCUCAACAGUGUUCUACGUGAUUCAAACAUAAAUGGCCAUGAUUACAUGCGAAAUAUUGUCCAUUUGCCUGUUUUCCUGAACAGCCGGGGGCUUAGUAAUGCAAAAAAAAUGAUGGUAGCUUCAACAACCAAUGGAGAUAUUCCUUAUGCAGAUAAUGCAGGAUUGCAUGAAGAGGUUGACAGGAGAGUUUCUCAGAACAGUCUUGGAGACAUGACCAAACUUGGUAGUAAAACUGCGCUCAACAGGCGGGAUACUUAUCGAAGGCGCCAGAUGCAGAGGACCAUUACUCGCCAAAUGUCUUUUGAUUUGACCAAGCUGUUGGUCACAGAGGAUUGGUUCAGUGAUAUCAGCCCUCAGACCAUGAGGAGGUUGCUAAAUAUUGUUUCAGUGACGGGUCGUUUAUUGAGAGCUAAUCAGAUCACAUUCAAUUGGGACAGACUGGCAAGUUGGAUCAAUCUCACAGAACAGUGGCCAUAUAGAACAUCAUGGAUCAUCCUGCAUCUUGAAGAGACUGAAGGUGUUCCAGAUCACCUGACUUUAAAAACCAUCUAUGAGAGAAUUUCAAAGAAUAUUCCCACAACUAAAGAUGUUGAACCUCUACUUGAAAUUGAUGGAGAUAUACGGAACUUUGAAGUAUUUUUAUCCUCACGAGCACCUGUCCUUGUUGCACGUGAUGUAAGAACCUUUUUGCCUUGUACAGUGAACUUGGAUCCCAAGCUACGAGAAAUCAUUGCAGACGUUCGUGCUGCAAGAGAUCAGAUGAAUAUUGGAGGACUUCCUUAUCCCACCUUGCCUUUGCAUGAGGCACCUGCUAGAACAACAUCUCUGUUCAGUCAGCCUUCCUCAGCUUGCUCUUCCACAACCUCUUUCAAUGGGCCUUUCAAUAGUGGAGUUUUAUCCCCACAGCCUCACAGCAGUUACUAUAGUGGUAUGACAGGACCUCAGCAUCCGUUUUACAAUCGGCCAUUCUUUGCCCCAUAUCUUUACAUGCCAAGGUAUUACCCUGGCAGUUCUCAUCUCAUCUCACGUCCACCACUAAAAACGAGUUUGUCCAGAGAUCAGAACAAUGGCCUAGGAGCAGGAGCAGGCACAGGGUCAGCCACAGGAGUAUCCCACGUGUCUCUGAGCACAAUGAGUGUGGAAGCCGUGUGUGAGAAGCUAAAGCAGAUAGAUGGCCUGGACCAGAGCAUGCUGCCUCAGUACUCUGCAACUAUAAAAAAGGCAAAUAUAAAUGGCCGUGUCUUGGCUCAGUGCAACAUUGAUGAACUGAAAAAAGAAAUGAAUAUGAAUUUUGGUGACUGGCACCUGUUCAGGAGCAUGAUACUUGAAAUGAGAAAUUCAGAAAAUCAGGCUGCUCAGGAAGAUGCCCGUGGAGCGACGGAGCACGGCACCGCUGCGAUUCCUCACAGCGACCUCACUCGCCGUCCCGGCCACAACACCGAGCUGCCCCACACUGAGCUGACUGGUCUCGCUGGCCAAGCUCCCUACACACUGAACUUCAGCUUUGAGGAACUCAACACUAUUGGUCUUGAUGAAGCUCCUCCACGCCAUAGUAACUUAAGUUGGCAGUCACAAACUCGUAGAACUCCAAGUCUUUCAAGUCUUAACUCCCAGGAUUCUAGUAUUGAAAUAUCAAAGCUUACAGACAAGGUGCAGGCAGAGUACAGAGAUGCAUAUAGAGAGUAUAUUGCUCAAAUGUCACAGUUAGAAGGAGGUGCCAGUUCUACCACAGUAAGUGGGAGGUCUUCCCCUCAUAGCUCAAGUGCUUUCUAUAUGGGCCAGAGCACGUCAGGGGGCUCCCUGCACUCCAGUGCAGAACAGGAAAAAGGAAAAGAUGCUGAACAGAAACAAGAUGAUGGAAGAAAGUCCUUUUUGCUGAAGAGAAAUGAUGUUGAUUACAGUACUUCAGGUGUUUCUACUAAUGAUGCAUCUCCUUUGGAUCCUAUUACUGAAGAAGAUGAAAAAUCUGAUCAGUCUGGUUCCAAGCUUCUCCCAGGAAAGAAGUCCUUGGAAAGAACAAGUAUUUUCCAGGCUGCAGAUUUAAAGCUUAAGGGAGUUACUCUCCGGUAUCAGAAACUUCCCAGUGAUGAAGAUGAAUCAGGGACUGAAGAAUCAGAUAAUACUCCGCUUCUCAAGGAAGGUAAAGAUAAGAAAACAGAUAUCAAAAUAGAGAAGCAGCCCAAAUCUCCAGAACAUGGUUCUGAACCUAUUAGAACCUUCAUCAAAGCAAAGGAGUAUUUGACAGAUGCCCUUUUGGAUAAGAAAGAUUCGUCUGACUCUGGUGUAAGAUCCAACGAAAGUUCUCCAAAUCAUUCCCUCCACAAUGAAGGAGCAGAUGAUUCACAGCUCGAAAAGGCAAAUCUCAUUGAGCUUGAAGAUGACAGUCACAGUGCAAAAAGAGGAAUUCCACACAGCCUUAGUGGCCUUCAAGAUCCAGCUGUGGUUCGCAUGUCUAUUUGCUCAGAAGAUAAGAAGAGCCCUUCUGAAAGCAGCCUGAUAGCAAGUAGCCCCGAAGAGAGCUGGCCAGCCUGCCAGAAAGUCUAUAAUUUAAACAGAACCCCUAGUACAGUCACCUUAAAUAACAACAGUGCUCCAAGCAAUCGAGGUAAUCAAAAUUUUGAAGAAAUACAAGGUAUCAGAGAUCCAUCUCAAAUUAUCCUGCACCCUGGCUCAGGCUCCAAUUCCACUGCAGUUCAGAAUGAGAACCUGAAGACGGUUGCUCACAAGCGAGGCCAGCGUUCAAGCUAUACCAGGCUUUCAAAAGAUUCAUCGGAGCUCCACACCGUUGCAGCCUCAGAGGGCGCUGGUUUUGGAGAAGAGAGAGAGAGUAUCCUGUGAGAAGCAGCCAGGUUAAAAAGAGUAUGCUCAUGAAUUGUAGCUUGGAAUCCUUUGCCAGUCUGUGGUUAUAUUAAUCUCUCUAGUUCAAGCUUUCAAUAUUGUAAAAGAAGGCCUAGAUUAUUGUCAGUCAUUUUCUCUGAAAGGAGGAGUAAUUUUUACAAGAAGCAAACUACUUCAGACCUUCCCCAUAUACAAAAGCAGUAGUUAUCAGCAUGGCAAAUCAGUUCUUUGUUAAAACACUGUGCAAAGGUUUGGUCGGGGCAGAUUUUACAGAGGUAUGGUUUAAUUAUGAAAAGUACAAGGUGAUUUUGCUUUUCUCUUGGGAUAUGUAUUACUUAUCCCAUCUAAGCAUUCCGUUAAUUCUCCAUAUUCACAAGUAAAGUUAAUACUGUCCAUUCUUGUCAUUUGAUGUACAAGAUGCCCAAACAUUGAAUAUUACAAUCUGUGACACCCUUACCAAACUUUGCAUUAAUUUAUGAAUUAAUGUGUGCUACACAAAUUACAUAUGUGGAAAUUUGAGUGUUAAGGUACUUGUUUGGCUAUAUGUAUGCUUUUGCUCUCUGUAUGUUCAGUAGUUACUGUUAAAUUUGUGAACUUUGGGUAGAACGGUGGUAAGGUUUGUAAGGAAUGUUGUUUUGAUGUGUCCCUGGAAUUGGCAGUUAUUUAUAAGGUAAUACUUUAUCAUUGACUUAGUGGAUCCGUUAUUUAUUAUAGGUACGCAAUUUUGCUGUCACUGAAUAGAUGGUCUCAGUAGAUGCAACCACCACAUUAAAAUAUUGUAAGGAUAAAGUAUGAAUAUGAUGUUUGAAUUUAUGAAGCCUUUGUGGCUGUGCAUGGUUUUUCCUUGGUACAGUGUUUAUCAUUUGCUUCUGAAAAGAAAAAUAAGCAGUGUUUGCCAUUUUAAAACUAAUGCAUACCUUUUGGAAUCUUGUCAAAGCUGUACUCCAGCUUCUUUAUUUCUGAAGUACAGUGUUUGCAGAUAUUUUUUGUCAUCUAAGUAAUGUACCUGAAUGGUGUUAUAGCAAAUACUUGUGCUGUCCAGUGAUCUCUGCAUGGUUUUGAGGAAGAAUUGUUCAAGCUAGAGUCUGCUAGUAGAAAGAAAAUAAAAAAUAAUUUGUCAUGUUG